ACUAAAAACAUGAAAGUCUGUGUGACCAGCUUGUCUUGUGAAUGUCUUUGAUGAAGCAGCAGCUCUCAAACAAUGAAGGGGGACCAAUUAAAUUUGAACAGGGAAGUGGGGCUACUUGGAGCCGUGUCAUUCAUCGCAGGAACCAUGAUGGGAGCUGGAAUAUUCAUAUCCCCCCAGUAUGUGCUAUCCACUAUUGGCAGCCCUGGUGCCAGCCUUAUUAUGUGGGUCUGCUGUGGGUUGUUAAGCAUGCUAGGUGGCCUCUGCUAUGCUGAACUGGGCACAGUCAUACCAGAGUCUGGAGGAGAGUUUACCUACAUUCUUCGGACGGCAGGGAGAGUGUUUGCCUUUAUGUUUGUCUUCACCUUCAUCAUCGUCAUGAGGCCUGCCAGUGCCACAGGGAUAGCUCUGAGUUUUGCUGAAUACGUUGUGGCCCCCUUUUAUGGUUGCAGCCCCCCACAACUGGUGGUGAAGUGCGUGGCAGCAGGAGGUAUCCUGGUGCUGGCUAUAGUGAACUCUCUGAGUGUCCGCCUGGCCACUGCCAUCCAGGUGGUUUCCAUGGUGGUCAAAUUGCUGGCCAUGGCAGUGAUCAUAUUGGGAGGUGUGGUGAUGCUUUUCCAAGGACACACUGAGAACUUUGAGAACUCCUUUGAAGGAACAAAUGUUGGAGUCAACUCGAUUGGCAUUGCUUUCUAUCAGGGCUUGUGGUCCUAUGAUGGCUGGAACACUUUGAAUUAUGUGACUGAGGAGGUGAAACAUCCAGAAGUCAAUCUUCCGAGGGCGGUUAUCAUUGCCAUUUCUUUGGUGACUGGCUUAUAUCUGAUGGUGAAUGUGAGCUACUUGACAGUAAUGACACCUGUGGAGCUUAUGAACUCCAACGCAGUAGCAGUAACCUGGGGGAACAAGGUGUUAGGAAGCUGGGGCUGGAUCAUGUCUGUGGCUUCAGCAUUGUCUGCUUUUGGUUCACUGAACGGGACGUUCUUCAGUGGCGGCCGGAUGUGUUUUGUUGCUGCCAGGGAAGGACACAUGCCACAUAUUCUGGCCAUGGCUCACGUCCGCAGACUGACUCCGUCUCCAGCCCUGAUCUUCACCACUUUCAUCUCUCUGUUGGUGCUGAUCCCUGGAGACUUCCAGAGUAUUGUCAACUUCUUCAGUUUCACUGCCUGGUUUUUCUAUGCCAUCACCCUGGGUGGACUUCUUUACCUCAAGAUAAAGAAGCCAGAGCUCCACAGGCCGUACAAGGUCCCCAUUAUAAUCCCCAUACUGGUCCUCAUUGCAGCGGUAUUCCUUGUGCUGGCACCCAUCAUAGACGAUCCUCAGAUCGAAUACCUCUAUGUAACUUUAUUUAUCCUCAGUGGAGCUAUAGUCUACGUACCCUUCAUCCAUUACAAACUCUGCCCAGAUCUGUUGACCAAGUUAACUGUGUUCCUGCAGCUGUUCUUAGAGGUCGCCCCGGCAGAGAAAAACCUGUGAUAUGGGCGAUUAAAGGAGUUAUUGGUGCUUUUUAACUACCCCUGUUUGCUAUGACACUACUGCAUACUUAGAUUUAACAUUUAACCAUACACAACCACAAUCUGCCUGUAAAAAGUGUCUCAGGAAGUAUUAAAGUUCUGAUGUGACU